AUGAUUGCUGCCUUCGGGAAACGUCUGCAGUCGGUCGCAGCCUGUAGAGUUCAACUGCUGUGCUUACUGCUCUACUCCAUGCAGAUUUUGGGCAGGCGCAGCUUUGCUCUGGCCGUCUCUCCACUGUUUUCUAGCGGCACACUGAGUCGCUCGCAGAUUGGCAUUCUCUCAAGUGUCUGGCGCAUCUCUCUAGCGACAACGAAGAUCGGAAUAACACUGUUCAUUGAUGAGUUCGAUCCGCGCGUGUUGAUGGGAAUAUCAUGGAUUGGAUCGGGUGUCUGCUGCAUCCUUGUUGGCCUUUCAAACAGCUUCUGGCUAAUGGUAGUGCCUUGGGCCUGCGAUGCCGCGUUUGUCAGCACCGGUUGGCCCAGUACGGUCAAGUUUCUGCGCAGUGGGUGUGAUGCAGGUGGUGGGCUAGGUACGUGGAUGAGUGUGUAUGCUGCAUGUGCCAGUCUUGCAGCUGGUACGUUCCCCUGGAUAUUCGCCGCGGUCACGACGGAACUGGAGAUGACGGAACGCGAGCAGGCAAGAUUCUCAUUCGUCCUGCCCGGCAUGGUAUCAAUUCUCGCAGGGCUUUUGGCCUUCCGACAAUUUGGACACCUUAGAGCAAGCACACACAGGAAUGGUGGCGAGAGUGCAGCCAAUGACAGUAGUGGUAACCAAAGUGGUGCAAAGCCACGUGAGGUCAGAUCGGAAAUACAAAAUUACGGUUUCGUCCAACGUGUAUCGUUCUUUGUGCGCACGCCAGGGUUCGUGUACUUCCUACUAGCCAUCACGGUAGUGAACGGCAUUAAGAUUCUGCUGAUCGACUGGUUUGUACUGCUGGCGAUGGAGACUGGCAUGGCGGAUGAGAAGUCAUCGCAGGCCGGCCUGGGCUGGCUUGACGUCGGUGUGAUGCUUGGUACACUGAGCAGCGGAGUGCUGGCAGCAGGCGUACCUGUCUUGCUGCGACGGGUGUUUGCUGCAGAGGCCGAAACAAGCCAGUCCGAGGAGAGACGUGAUCUCCACGGCAAUGCCCAGUAUUCUCAGCGGGAGAAGCAGCAGCAGCAGCAUCACCACCGGUCCAUGUCCAUGGUUACAGUUUCCUACAGUCUGGGUGCUGUGUUGAUCAUUAAUCACAUUGUAGACUUAAUGGCCAGUAGUCACGAUGAGCCUGCUGCUCACCUACCCCUGGUUAUGGGCAUGCUCGGCUUCACCCUGGGAGGGCUACACAACUUACUAGUACUGGCAGCCGUCAGCGUGUGGCCACCGCACCUUGUAGGUGCUGCUAUGGGGCUAAGCGGCCUCAGUGCUCAGCUGGGCGCUCUGCUGGCCGGCUGGCCGGUGGCCUAUGCUGUUUCGACGUUCGGUGGCUGGAUGCCGAUUGCGCGCUGUGUCCAAGCAGCCGGUCUGCUGCUAGUCGGGGCCGUGAUCAGUGCGUUUGCGUCGAGUAGCGUCGCCUGA